CCUCUGCUCCCCUCUUGCUCAAACCAUGUUGGCUCGAGCGAUCUUCCUGAGACAGCGGUCUUCCUGCUCGGAUCCUUUUCCCUGUUAGACAGCGGCUCCCCGCGCCGGUAGCGCCCAGAGCAGAUGGCCAUGGCCCGCGAGCCCAUGGGAACCCCGCGCACGGGUCCUUGGACGGCGCCGCCCUCCGGCUGCCCUGCGGAUGCGGUGUCCUGGCAGAGGGUCACCUUCUCGGACACGACCUGGGGCAGCAUGAUGGCGCUCCCGCGCCUGCGGGGCGGAGCGCAGGAGCAGGGCGAAGCCAAGGCCGCGCCCGAGGAAGCGCAGCGGCGGGACGCGCGGCCGCGGUCCGCCCCUGGCCGUGCUCGGCGCGCGUGCCCGCGCGGCGAUGCCGGUGGAGAGGCCGCGGCGGCCGCCGGGGCUGCGCGCGUGGGGUACGAGGCAGCACGGCAGUGCGGGCUCACAGGGCCAGGCCCAGCAGGAGGGC